AUGGCCUUCAAUGGCAAGUACGAGGUGGAGAGUGACAAGAAUUACGAUGAGUUCAUGAAACGCCUGGGGCUCCCCAGAGAUGCCAUCGAAAAGGGCCGCAACUUCAAGAUCAUCACGGAGGUGCAGCAGGAUGGUCAGAACUUCACCUGGUCCCAGCACUACCCCGGGGGUCACUCCAUGGUCAACAAGUUCAUUAUCGGCAAGGAGUGUGACAUGGAAACCAUGGGGGGCAAGAAGUUCAAGGCCACCGUGCAGAUGGAGGGUGGGAAGGUGGUAGUGGAUUUCCCCAACUACCACCAGACCUCAGAGAUCGUGGAUGGCAAGCUGGUGGAGACCUCCACCAUCGGGGAUGUGACCUAUGAGCGUGUGAGCAAGAGGCUGGCCUGA